CCUCUGAGCACAACCACUGUAGAAGUUGAACCGGGAACUGACUGGAACCGCCACACUCAUUGUUAUUUGCUUGGCUGGUUUUUCUUUGUCGGUCAACUUAACUUUUCCAUCUCACUCUCUUCUUCCUCCCUCUUCAUCGAACGGUCAUUAUCCAAACCACUUCAUAUACCCCGGUUUGGACUUGAUUUCUUAGACGGACAUUCUCACCCCGCCAACAGUUUCCGUUCUUUCAACCCCGCGGUCUUUUUUUUUUCUUUCCUACACACAUCUUCAUCAUGGCCCCCUCUUCAUCCAAGGAGAAGCGUCUCGCCAAGAAGGCUGCCGAGGGCAAGCUCAAGGGCAAGAAGGGCAAGAAGACUGAGGAGCCUGAGCUCGAUGCCCACGGCAACCCCAUCAAGGACGAUGAUGCCCCCGCGACUUCAGGCGCAAAGCUCGAAGAGGUGAAGCGUCUCACCGAGCAGAUGGACAAGCACGGUAUCUCUGACCGUGUCACCACCGGUGUCCUCGCCUCUACCCAAACCAGCAAGGACGUCAAGAUCACCAGUUGUUCUCUGGUCUUCCACGGUCGAGUCCUUAUCACCGAUUCCACUCUAGAGCUCACCUACGGUCGACGAUACGGUCUUCUCGGUGAGAACGGCUGUGGAAAGUCCACUUUCCUCAAGGCCAUCGCCGCCCGCGAGUACCCCAUUCCUGAGCAUCUCGAUCUCUACCUUCUCAACGAGGGUGCUCCUCCCAGUGACCUCGGUGCCCUUGAGUGGGUCGUCCGAGAGGCUGAGCUGGAGCUGGAGCGUCUCGACCACCAGGCCGAGAAGCUUCUUGAGGACGAGGGUCCUGAGAGCCCUGUUCUCCUUGAUCUCUACGAGCACAUGGACAAGCUUGAUCCCUCAACCUUCGCUACCCGUGCUUCCCUUAUCCUGACUGGUCUCGGUUUCAACAAGAAGACCAUCCACAAGAAGACCAAGGACAUGUCUGGUGGUUGGCGUAUGCGUGUCGCCCUUGCCAAGGCCCUCUUCGUCAAGCCCUCCGUUCUCCUUCUCGAUGACCCCACUGCUCAUUUGGAUUUGGAGGCUUGUGUGUGGCUCGAGGAGUACCUCAAGAAGUGGGAGCGAACUCUCGUCCUCGUCUCCCACUCUAUGGAUUUCCUCAACGGUGUCUGCUCCAACAUGAUUGACAUGCGAGGCAAGCAACUCAUCUACUAUGGUGGUAACUACGACUCUUACAGCAAGACUCGAACCGAGAACGAGACCAACCAGAUGAAGGCCUACCAGAAGCAGCAGGAUGAAAUUGUUCACAUCAAGAAGUUCAUUGCUAGCGCUGGUACCUACGCCAACUUGGUCCGACAGGCCAAGUCCCGACAGAAGAUUCUCGACAAGAUGGAGGCCGAUGGUUUCAUCCAGCCUGUCGAGCAGGACCGUGUCUUCACUUUCCGUUUCGCCGAUGUUGAUAAGCUCCCUCCUCCCGUCCUCUCAUUCGAUAACGUCACCUUCUCUUACUCCGGUAAGCCUGAGGAUGAUCUGUACCGCAACCUCGACCUUGGUUUCGACAUGGACUCCCGAACUGCCCUUGUCGGCCCCAACGGUGUGGGCAAGUCUACUUUGCUCCGCCUCAUGACUGGCAAGCUUUCUCCCACAGGCGGUGUUGUUACCCGACACACUCACUUGAAGCUUGGUCUCUACUCUCAGCACAGUUCCGAGCAGCUUGACUUGACAAAGUCUGCUCUCGACUUCGUUCGCGACAAGUACAGUGAGAAGUCUCAGGACUACCAGUACUGGCGUCAGCAGCUCGGCAAAUACGGUCUCAGCGGUGACUCUCAGACUGCCCUAAUGGGUACCCUGUCUGAGGGUCAGAAGAGUCGUAUCGUCUUUGCUCUGUUGGCUAUUGAGAGCCCCAACAUGUUACUUCUUGACGAGCCUACCAACGGUCUGGAUAUUCCUACCAUUGACAGUUUGGCAGAUGCCAUCAACGCCUUUAGCGGAGGUGUUAUCGUCGUUUCUCACGAUUUCCGAUUGCUCGACAAGAUUGCCAAGCAGAUUCUCGUCUGUGAGAACCAGACUAUCCGCACAUGGGACGGUUCCAUCUCCGAGUACAAGAACUACCUCCGAAAGAAGAUGAUCAGCGCCGGAGCAGUCUAAGGCGAAAAAGUUUUACGAAUUUUGAUUUUAUCUGGCACGAAUGCAUGAAAGGAAAUUGACUAUAGAGGAUACUGAAUCCACAAAAAGUUGAUGAGAGUGCCAUUGGCAAUCAUGUGGGUAUUUUCAUGGGUUUAAAGCGGCGGCGGCGCGGGUGGCUAGACCAUCAGGAUACUUGAUACCUUAUGAUGGAAUGAGACGGCCACGACGAACGACGCUACAGGACGCAUGGCCAUGGCCUCAGUAGAGAGGCCCGGAAGCGUUCAUGAAGAUGUGAAAAUGUUCACGGAUAGAUUUCUUUUUUCUUUGGGUCUGGCUGUUUAAGCCUUGAGUACGAAUAAAUGGAUUCCAUUAUAA